AUGCAUCACUCCAUCACUCUCCUUCUCCCGCUCACCGUCGCGGCCCUGUCAUUCCCCGCUCAGGACGCCGCCGCCCUCGCCUCUGCAGCUGCAGCUUCCAAAAAGAACGUCUACCUCUCGACCUGCGUCGAACGCAACAUACUCGACUCCGACACCUUUCUCGCUGCACUCUACUUCAACAAGCCCGCCUCUUCCUCCAGCCGUCCCAACGACAUCGCCACGCUCAACGGUGGCGCGCGGACAUGGGAAGGCGCUGCACGCCGCGCUUCGCUGAAGGCAGGAUUCUUGGAGAGCAAGAUUGAUAGUGGUGCAAAUACAUUGGAUAAAAGUCAGAUUGCCGGGACGGCCAAGCUGGGGAGCGAGAAUUUGUACAAAAUGUACGGCGAAUUAUUGGUGUGCGAGUAUUGGAUCUGGGUCUGA